AUGAAAUGGAUUGAUACCAACGAAAGCAAUAGUGAGAUGGAUGAAAUUCUGGUGAAGGAAUGGUUUAAUGAAAAGAAGAGCUUAAAAUUUGUUGAGGAUCUCGAGAAAGAUGUCGUAGAAAAGAGAACAGCAGAGAUCAUAAAGAAGGAUUUUAAUGUCGAUGAAGAGUUAGAAAAGGGUGACGAGGAUGAGCUGAAUGGAGACAAAAGCAGCAGUGAAGAGGACAUCUUCAUUGCGGUGCAUGGCACGGUUGAUCUUGACUCAGCUUCAGAUGAUUCUGAAUCCAAUGAACCUGCACCACGCCGUAACAUUUGUGACUUGAUGGGCCAUUAUCUGUUAGAUUACCCGUCGCCAGACAGUCCAGUAAGACUUACCAAUGGUAAUGUUAAUGCUGCAAAUGCUCAAGCUGCUGCUGAGAUGCUGGAGCGAGCCAACUAUACGGACAAGCCGGACACGCCCAAGUUCCUGCCGGCGGCCAAGCGCGUGCGUGCACAGCUGCAAGAUGUAUGUGGAUUCCUGUCGGCGUUAGCGGUGGCGUCGGACUACAAGGCUGGAGAAGAGAUUCUUGACGAAAAGAAAUUUGCCGACUGUGCCGAGUUCUUUCUUCAGGAGAUGUUUGAACUGGGUAGACGAUACAAGAUUAUGAACCCAGAGAAAUGCGCGAAAAUUCGCACUGUGCACGAUGUGGCGGAAGCUGGUGGUGCUUUGGAUAUGUUACGCGAUUCUCGCAUUCAGACUGCGACGAGGGUGGUUGCUCCUGAGGGUAAGUCACGCUCUCAGAUUCAGCGCCAGAUAAAGCAGAAGGAGCAGGCUAUUCAAGCUUUGAGCGACAAGUAUGAAAGCCGACGUUUCUCACGUGACUGUCUCCAGCAGUGUCUGUACUCGAUCGCAGAUAACAAUUACCAUCUGUACUUCGAGCGCGACCCGAUCGAUCGCAUGAUUACGUUUCUCGUUACGAAUUUCAACCCAGACGACGAGGAUGGAGAUAGUUCUUUGGCCAUCAUUAGCGGAAAUGACGGUGCACGAUUGUCCCAUUCGCACGAUCGGCAGUACAACUAUGUGCUUCAGUUUCUGACGCUCUGGCGCGAGAUCGCGCAUAACAUGUUCCGCCUACUGAUGAGGACCUACUCACCGAUGGCACACGACUCGUGGGUGGGCUCAAGUGUCAUCCGUUUUGGAGACAAGAAUGUCCCAACGCGCUCAUGUUCAUCGACAAGUACACCCAGACACCACGUUCGGUGGGGCUCGCACGCUGAAGCACACUAUUCUGGCAAACUUCUUUCGCCAAGCUUUCGACGACAGCGGAGCGGACAAUUUUUUUCGAGGCUGGAUCAUGCAUUGAUGGACGACUUACGAGCGAGUGCCUGGAAUUGGUGCUCGAACCUCCACACAAAGCCAUUCUUCCCUAAUUUCAAGAUUACAGGCUUUGUAGGCUUUGAUGACAAGUUUGGAUAG